CUGACAGUUCACUCAGAAACUGAGCAUUCACACUCUGCGGGUCAGUACCUUGUGGGAUUUCUGUGAAGUUUUUUCAAGAGUUAGCAGACAUGCUUGCCCCUCAGCUGCUGCUUUGGGGUUGCCUGGUGUGGGGUGUUCUAGGCAGGACUGCCAAUCUCAAAAAGGCUAAUGACAGGACCGGCAGAUGCCUCUAUACUUUCACUGUGCCCAGCCCCAAUGAGUCCAGUUGUCCAGGGUCUGGCGAAGGCAAUCCAACCAUCCAGGAGCUCCAGAGAGAUAGUAGUGCCCAGAGAUCAGAGUUAGAAGCCACAAAAAUCCGGCUCAGUGUCCUGGAGUCCCUCGUGAAGCAACUGGGAGGGGAAGACACAGUGAGUCUCAUGCCUCCGGCUGUACAAGAGAUGCAAAGAGAACUGGACAACCUGAGGCAGGAGAAAACCAGCCUGGAGUCUGACUAUAACAACUUCCUCCAGGAAAAAGCUUCCCUGGAGAAGGAGAAAAGGCAACUAGAGCAUGAGAACAGAAACCUGGCAAGGAGGCUGGCGAGUAGCCGACGGGAGAUGGAGAUGCUGAGACUGGGCCAGUGUCCUCAAGUCAAGGAAACAGCUGCUGACAUUCCCCAGGGUUCCAAGGAAGUUUCUAAAUGGGGCGUGCAUAAUUUAGACUACCAAGAACUGAAGUCUGAAUUAACUGAGGUUCCUGCUUCUCACAUCUUCAAAGAGAGUUCAACCAAUCAUUCUGGAUGUGGAGAACUCGUCUGGGUGGGUGAACCUAUCACCUUGAGAAAGGCAGAGACGAUUGCUGGCAAGUAUGGUGUGUGGAUGAGAGACCCUGAGCCUAUGUUCCCCUAUACUCGGGAGACUACCUGGAGAGUAGACACAGUUGGCACAGACGUUCGCCAGGUCCUUCAGUAUGACCAGAUCAGCCAGUUCACACAGGGCUAUCCUUCCAAAGUUCACGUGCUGCCUAUCCCCAUGGAGAGCACAGGUGCCGUGGUUUACCGAGGAGCCCUCUAUUAUCAGAAACAUACAUCCAGGACUGUGAUCAAGUAUGAGCUGAAGACUGAAAGCGUGAAGGCUCAAAAGGAGAUUCCCAAUGCUGGUUAUCACGGACAAUUCCCUUAUUCUUGGGGUGGCUAUACAGACAUUGACUUGGCAGUGGACGAAACAGGACUAUGGGUCAUCUAUAGCACGGAAGAAGCCAAGGGAGCUAUUGUCCUUUCCAAAAUGAAUCCAGACACACUUGAACUCGAUCAAACCUGGGAGACCAAUAUUCGAAAGCAAUCGGUGGCCAACUCAUUCAUAAUCUGUGGCACCCUGUACACUGUCAACAGCUAUUCAACGGCUGAUGCCACCAUUAACCUGGCUUAUGAUACCAGUGCUAGGAGCAGCAAGGCCCUGACCAUUCCAUUCAAGAACCGAUAUAAAUAUAGCAGCAUGAUUGAUUACAAUCCUGCUGAAAAGAAGAUCUUCUCAUGGGAUAACUUCAAUAUGGUGGAAUAUGACAUAAGGCUCUCUCAAAUGUGAAACAUAUCAGAGCUAUCCUAGGAAUGAGAGGAAGACACAACCCUCAGUACUAACUAGGAACUCAAGGACAGGGGAGGAGGCAGAGGGAAAAGUCAGCCUUCCCAUGCUCAUCCUGGUUUUUUGUGCUUGCCCUGUUUUCAUAAAGUCAGAAGAAUUCACCUUUUCAUAACACUUGGCUCUGAAGUAAUAACCUUUUUUUUUUGGUAGGAGGAGUAGAGGGAGAGAAAGAAGGGAAGGUGAGAAGAUGGAUAGUCACAAGGGUUGAUUGAAUAUAUGAUUAAUUCUGCCUAAAUCAAGCCACACUUUCAUGAAGAAUCCCAAGUGGCUGAAGAGUUUUACCUUUGGAGGGCUUCCUGAGGAAAGCAAUAGGGGGAGAAGCGGGUUGUUUGAUGAGUGGUUUAGCCAAGACUAGUUUGGGGUGGUGGUUUGGGGAAUCCAUAAGUACAGAUUCUCCUUUCAUGGAUGGGAUCCCACCUCUCCUCCAUACCUUAUCAUCCUGCUUGAUUCUCAUUUAUGUUUUCCCAUAAAUUUAUCACCAAAGA